CGCCGCCAACGAUGCAAUGCUCGACCCGAAGCUGUCCCACCUCGCCGUCACCGGCGUCGUCCUGCUGAUCGCCUUCCUAGCCUACCCGUCACAAAUCUACCUGCUGUCACCGUACUGGACACGCAACCAGCACAUCCUCUUCAACGCCGCCGUAGCUUGCAUCUGGAUCACCUACGCGCGCUCAAUCUUUACCGAUCCCGGCUCGCCGCCCAAGGAAUGGGUCCCGCCCGUUGUUGAAGAUGCUGAGGAUGGCCGUGGACGCGCUGAACAGCGCCGUCUGGUCGCCACACAUGCCAGAUGGUGUAAGCGCUGCGAGAGGUAUAAGCCUGCUAGGACCCAUCACUGUAAAACAUGCAAACGCUGCAUCCUGAAGAUGGACCACCACUGCCCGUGGACGGCAUCCUGCAUCGGCUACCGCAACACCCCACACUUCCUGCGUUUUCUCUUCUACGCGACUAGCACGACGUUCUACCUGCUGCUAUCCCUCAUCUCGCGGGCGUACGCGGUAUGGGUAGCGCGGGACCUGCCAUCCUACUACUCGCCACACUCAACCAGCCAGCUCCUCCUCCUGGCUGCACUGCUGCUAAUCGAUUUCCCGCUGUGGCUCGCGCUGCUCGCGCUCUCGCUCAAGACGCUGCAGCAGACGGCGACGGGGUAUACCACGAUCGAAACGUGGGAGCACAGCCGACACGCUGCCGCCGUGCGCCGCGGCAACGUCGCCACCCAGGUCUUCCCCUACGACGUUGGGAUCUGGGAGAACCUCGUCGCGGCGUUCGGGUACCAGUUCUUCCUUCCCUUGUGGUUCAACCCGCUCGCGCGGUCGCCCACAGUCGGCGCGCGGAAACCCGUGCCCGGAGUCAGGGGAGGGUUGGUGGCCGGCCUGGAGUGGGAGGUCAACGGCUUUGAAAAUCCGGAUCUAGUCUGGCCACCUAAGGACCCCGAGAAGAUGCAGCUCGAGAGGAGCGGCAUCGUCAGUAUCCUUCAGGACCCCGGAGAAAUGGAUGUGGGCGCCUUCCGCCGAAGACAGGCGCAGGACCUGAAGCGCUGGGAGAGGGGCCCCGUCAGGGCGCCGCCCACGCGCAUUCCGAAUUAUGGCAUCAUGAGCGUUGAGAGCAUCGCGCCGAUGGAGGAUAGUAUUCUGGUUCGGGACGGGGACGGGGAUGGGGACGGCGACGAUGAUGACGACGGCUGGAGGAAUGAGGAUGGGGAGAGACUCGCGGAUUAUGGCGUCGAUGAGGAGGUCGAGGACGAGGAUGAGGAUGUGCCUUUGGCGAUACUGGUCCGUAGGAAGAGGUGGGAGGCCGAGAGGGUCGGUGGCGUGCUCGGUGAGAGGAGGGUUAAUACGCUGUAUUGAGAUGAGAGACGUGGAGUGAUACCCGGUGUAGACGAUAUUGGUUGGCUAGAGUAGAUGGAGGUGAAUGGAGUUAUUUACAAAGGAUUCGAAGCACCGGCGAAUGGAUCAGUUCAGUGGAUGGUUCAGAACUCAGACAAUGUGC